CACACCUAGUCAUCCCCUAUCAACUUAUUGAUUUUACCGGUUCUAUCUCAUACGAUUUAGCUCAAGUCCUCGCAAAGCAAACUCGUAGCAUCAGUGAGAGUGUUAUCCUCUUCUUAGUUUUGGAUUCCCAUAGACGUUCAUUAUGGUUUCUUCUAGCUCACCACAUUCAACACACAUGCCGGCCAUCUUUCCCAUACCACGCCUGCUUUGCUUUGCUUUGCUUCGCUUCAUGAUGUGUAUCUUUUCUCCACACCGCCACGAAAGCCUGCAAACCUGACUGUGUUCCAUUGGCUGAGUUUGCAUAUGGAACAGGAAAUCAUAAUCCUGCCCAUUAAAACCCCUGAUUCCGGCGAUCCUCUUCGAUUCCCUAUGGAAAAAAUUGAAGUCUCCCCAUGCACAAGAGGCACGAUUUUCCCCUUCUGCCUGAACCUUCUUCCCCCCCUGCUCUCUAUAAAUUCCAGCUUCCAAACUUCAUCAUGAACUACACAAACCCUCUAUUCACAUAUCACUCGCAAAAAUACCCACCAAAAAUGUCGACCCCCAAAGUCACCCUGAAGCUCCUGAUCAACAAGAAAACCAAGAAAGUGCUGUUUGCUGAAGCAGGGAAAGACUUCGUUGAUUUCCUCUUCACCCUCCUUUCCUUCCCGCUGGGAACCGUGAUUAAGCUUUUGUCCAAGAGCAAAAUGGUGGGCAGCCUUGGAAAUCUGUACCACAGCAUCGAAGAGCUCAGCGAUACGUUCUUCCAGCCCAAAAUAGUCAAGGGCGCGGUUCUGAACCCAAAAGCUCCGUUCUGUCCAACUGGUAGCAGCACCCUUUUGCUAUCCGGCGGUGGCGUGGACGGAAUUGGAGCAACGGCCAGGAAGGUCUACAUGUGCCCUACGUUCCACAGGAACGUGGCUGAUAACCCGCAAGCUCUUUGCCCUACUUGCAGAGGUACGAUGAGCUGCGAGGUUCCCUUUGUAAUCGCCGCCCCUCCUGCUGCUGCUAGCACAGACAAAGCUGUGGGUGUGAACAGUGAAGAAGGUGGGUUUGUGAAGGAUGUGAUAACUUACAUGGUGAUGGACAAUCUGGAGGUGAAGCCAAUGUCGACAAUCUCGAGCAUCACGAUGUUGAAUAAGUUCAAUGUUCAGGAAGUUGGUGCUCUUGAAGAGAAGGUCAUUGAGCUGGGAAUGGACGAGGGGCUGAAUCUGCUCAAGGCGUCUCUGCAGUCCCAGACAGUUCUGACAAAUGUUUUCCUUGGAGCAUGAAGCGGUUCAGUGAUUAAAGUUCAUGGAUGUAA